CCAUUCCGUUACCUCCUUCCUUCAGAGUAGUAAAUUCCGUCUCUUCUCACCCUCUCUGCCAAUUAAAUUCUCUCAAUAUGUUCCUCUUCGCCAGAAUCCCGACCCUUUUGUCGGAAUUCUCCACGCUCCGAUGAGACAUGGGUUUCCUCCGGAGACUUUUCGGCGGCAAAAAGCCGGCUCCUCCAGCAGGAGGCCCCCACAAGUCCGGCUCUGAACCUGGCAAGAGUAAACGGAGAUGGAGCUUUGCCAAACACAGCAAAGACAAAUCCCAAAGUGCUACUUCUGAUCCCAACAGCAUCGACCUUUCCACAUCUUCGCUUCCAUUCAGUGAUUCCUUGAACGCUAAUAAACAUGCCAUUGCAGUGGCUGCGGCGACGGCGGCCGUGGCGGAGGCCGCUCUCGCUGCGGCUCAUGCAGCGGCCGAGGUGGUUAGACUCACUAAUGGCGGCGGCGGUUGCGGUCCUAGUACAAACCAGCACCAGUGGCCGGAAGAGAUCGCCGCCAUUAAGAUACAAUCGGCGUUUCGUGGUUACUUGGCAAAGAGAGCUCUGAGAGCACUAAAAGCAUUGGUGAAGUUGCAAGCAUUGGUAAGAGGUCACAUUGUAAGAAAACAAACAGCAGAUAUGCUGAGGCGCAUGCAAACUCUGGUGAGGCUGCAGUCCCGUGCACGUGCAAGUCGCAUGCAGUUGUCGCAUAUUCUCCAUUCUACCAAGUCUCCACUCUCUCGACACCCUGUCUCUGAACAUUAUGAGUCUUCACUCAGAGCCUCAAGUACCAAAUUUGAUGGGUCUCCUCUGCUCAAGAGAUGCAGUUCCAAUGCAAAUUUUAGGGACAUUGGCUCGGGGAGAUCGAGGUUUGGAUCGCAAUGGUUUGACCCCUGGGUGGAAGAAAACGUUUGGAACCAUCCUGGAGGAGAUGACGAGAAGAGUGACAAAAUUCUCGAAGUUGAUACGUGGAAGCCACACUUGAACUCCCAGAACGAGAAUCGUUUGCCGUAUGAGUCUCCCUCAAAGCGUUCAUCAACAAGAACUGUAAACCAAAGCAUCUUCAGUUCCCUUAAGUUUCAGAAGCGAAAAGAAGAGAAAGCUUCAAGAGCUGCAGAGAACGGCAACGAAUUCUCGGCCCAUUCAUAUCAGAACAGUCCAGAGUCAUUUUCUACUUCAAGAAGAAGGUCAGGUCCUUUCACACCCACAAGGAGUGAGUGUGGCUACUUUGGUCACCCAAAUUACAUGGCCAACACUGAGUCAUCUCGAGCCAAGGCUAGGUCAGUGAGUGCACCAAGGCAAAGGCUUUGGGAUUCUUGGAAUAAUUCAGACAGGCAUGCUGAUUUCAGAAGCCAAUGUUUCACAUCUUCAACUUCAAGCCGCUUCAGCAGAAUCUGGAGUACCCAUCUAAGGUGACACAAUAAAUUUCAUCACUCAGUCCAACCCUUUUGAAGGAGGCAUCAAAUUUUAUUCCUGAUGGUGUUUAUGUGCCCGAAAUUUGGAUCUUCUACGUUUUCUUCUCUUCACUUUUUGGUCAAUUUCAAAGAGAGAUAGACAUAGAACAUAUGAAGCCCUUUUGAAUUGUUUGAUCCAUUUACAUAUGUAAGAUCCGCUUGAGUGAUGGACUCUGUACAUUCUAUAUCUAUCUCUAUCUAAAAUUUACGGAGAGAAGGAAAGGAAGAAGAUCCAAACAAAGAUUUGAGAAUAUUUUACUAGUUUAAGGUUAAAAAAAAAAAUUGUCUAACUUCUUUUUAUUUGUAUGUAUGUGUUUAGUUUUGUCUCUCUAUAUUGUAUAAGUCGUCUUUUUUUUUUCCUCUACUUUUUUGGGUGAAAAUGGGAGAAGUUUGGGAAUGUAAUUAUUUGACCUGCAUCAGUGUAGCUUAUGACAAAGAACAGAGUUGAGAGCGUUGAUGUUAUAAAUGUAUUGGUUCCUCCUA